UGGAUGAAUUCAGAAAUGGAGGUAGAAAUUACCUUUAAAAAAAGAAAAAAGGCGACUUCCUCUGAUGAAAAGCGAUUGAAAAAUUGGCGAAUGAGUGCAGGGGGAGCAUUUGGUGGAAAUAGAGGGGCAAGACCAGUGCCGCCUGAAAAAGGGGUCUUCCCUUUGGACCAUAUGCAUCUGUGUGAUCUGGAAAAGAAAGAGUACAUUAACUGUCUUAAGACUUCAGGUCAUAAAUCCGAAAAAUGUAGACAAUUCUCUAAGAAGUACCUGGAAUGCCGUAUGGAAAAGAAUUUGAUGGCAAAACAAGAUAUGUCAGAACUUGGAUUUAGAAAGGAUGAGGAAUCACAAGCUUCUGCAGACGAAAGCGAGAGUGCAAGGAUAGAUAAAUGAAGAUUUUGACACCACAGUUGCAAACUGUACAUCUGCGAGCUGACUGAAAACAUUUUCCCAAUGUAUUUGUAUGGCAUAAACAGAGCUCAUCGGCCAAUGAACUUUAAACCUCUAUCCCAGAGUUCCACAAUACUAUUCCACCAUACACAUUCUGGCCCGUCCUUUCAAUCUUAGCAUCUGUUAUGGCAGAAAGAUGAGAGUUAUAGCCAAGACAGGGCAAGUUAGUUUUGUUAACAUCUGAUUUUUAUGUCUACCUUCAGAAAUCAAGAAAAUAUCAAGAAA